AUGGAGCACUCUCAAAGAGGUCUUAAUGAUCUACGUAGAAGAGACAUUGUGAAGCAAAAGAUCAAAGAUUGGAAACCAUAUAUUAUUCUUCUUCAAGAAACUAAAAUUCAACAAUGUAAUGAUCUUAUUGUUUGGAAAUGUUGGAGCAAAAAGUCUGUGCAAUGGCUAGAUUCUCCUUCACAAGGAAGCUCAGGUGGUAAUCUUUGUUUGUGGGAUUCAGAUAAAAUUGAAGUGUUGGAUUCUCUUAUUGUCCCUUAUUCCAUCAGUCUUCACUGUGAAAAUGUUGAGAACUCUUUCGAAUGUAUAUUCACUGGUGUUUAUGCAUCAUGUGCUUCUAAUUCUGAUGAAGUAAAAUUGUUUUGGAGAGACAUAAAAGAAGUCAGAUGUUUUUGGGAUUACCCAUGGGUUAUUGGUGGAGAUUUUAAUGAAAUAAGAUAUACUCAUGAGAGAUCUUCUGGAGGUGAAGUUACUGCAAGAAUGAGGAGGUUUAAUAAUUUUAUUUCUAAACACCACUUAAUUGAUUUACCCCUUCUUGGAGCAACAUUCACUUGGACAAAUAAUCAGGCUAAUUAUGCUUUGUUUUUUUGCAAGAAAUUACAGCUUCUUAAAGUAAAGUUGAAAGAAUGGAGAAAACUGGAAUUUGGGGAUGUAGAUAGAAGAUUGGAGGAGUUAGAAAACAUCUUUGUGAAUUUAGAUGCUGAGGAAAAUGCUAACAAUGGUAUUAGUCAAGAUAAAUGGGAGGAGAGGAUCAAAGCCAGGCAAGAGUAUUGUAAGCUCACAAUUACUGGAGCAGAAAAAUGGAGAAGCAGAUCAAGAACUCAAAGCUAUAGAACUGUUACUAUGGAGGGCAUGGAUUUUUCUAGUGAUGACAUGAGUUUAUGGCUGGAAAGAGAUAUUGAUAAAGAAGAAUGUGUUUCUGCUAUCAAAUCACUUGGUCAAAACAAAGCUCCAAGGACAGAUGGUUUUCCCACCAGCUUCUAUAAAUUAUGUUGGGAAGUUCUCAAAGAAGAUUUUAUGAAAGUUGUUAAGGAAUUGCAGCAUAAUAACUUUCUUGAUUGGAGAUUACAAAACACCUUUAUUGCAUUAAUUCCCAAAAAGAAUAUUAUUGAGGAGAUUAAAGAUCUUAGACCUAUAAGUUUGGUUAAUGGUGCAUACAAGAUUGUUUCAAAGAUUCUUGCUGAGAGGUUCAAGCAGUGCCUUCCUCAUAUCAUUUCUCCAAAUCAAACAACUUUUAUCAAAAAAAUGCAAUUUCUUGAUGGUGUUCUAAUUGCUAAUGAGUUGAUUGAUUUAAGAAUAAGAAGUGGUAAACCAGGUAUUCUCUACAAAAUUUACUUUGAAAAAACUUUUGAUCAUGUAAAUUGGGAUUUUCUUGAUGAAAUUCUGUCUCUUAUGGGUUUUGGCACUAAGUGGAGAACUUGGAUUAGAAGGUGGGUUGAAUUUGCAAAAUUCUAUGUUCUUGUAAAUGGAAGUGUUGCAGGUUAUUUCAAAAUCAAGAAGGGUAUAAGGCAAGGAGACCCAAUUUCUCCCUUCUUAUUUCUUCUUGUAGGUGAGGCUCUCAAUUUCAUGAUCAAGCAAGCUCAAGAACAAGGCAUUCUCACAGGUUUUCAAGUCAAGCCAGAUGUUAAGAUUGUAAGCCACCUACAAUUUGCAGAUGACACCUUAAUCUUCUUAGAUGCUGAUGUGGAGCAGGUUAGAAAUCUUAGAUUGGUUUUAUUGUCAUUUGAAAUCCUUACUGGCUUGAAGAUCAAUUUUUCCAAAAGUCAAAUAUAUGGUGUUGGUUAUGAUGGUGAUCUCUCAAUUUUCUCUUCUAUAUUGGGCUAUUAUCAUGGUUCCCUUCCUACUUGUUAUCUUGGUCUUCCUCUUGGUGACAAGAAAAAGAAAUUUGGUGGUCUUGGUAUUAAAAAUCUACAGUUAUUCAAUAAAGAUUUACUCUCAAAGUGGUCAUGGAUAUUUGCAGUUGAAGAUAACCCACUCUGGAAGUCUAUUGUGGUUGAAAAAUAUGGUUUUGGUGUAGUGGAUUGGGUCUCUAAGAAUCCUAAAUGCUCUUAUGGUCAUUCAGUUUGGAGAGGAAUUAUGAAACAUAAUGCAGCUUUCUCAAAACAUGUGAAGUUCAAAGUUAACAAUGGCAUUCAUGUCAGAUUUUGGGAUGACAACUUGCUGAUCUGGUUUCUUUCAAAAUUUAAUCUUGAUUCUGAUGAUGAGCUGCAAUGGGGAUUAACAAAGAAUGCUAAAUUUUUAGUUAAGUCUCUUUAUGACAAACUGAUUAUGGAGGAGAACCCUGAUCCAAUAGACACUGUUUUUGCUCAUAUAUGGAAACUUAAUUGUCCACCAAAGACAAGUUUCUUUCUUUGGCUCAUUGCUCAUAAGAGAUUGUCAACUAGAGAUUUCUUAAUCAGGAGAGGUGUGAAUGUGCCAGCAGAUUGCUUAUUCUGUGAUGAAGUUGAAUCUUGCUCUCACUUGCUUCUUCAUUGCAAUUUUGCUAGAAAAAUUUGGGAGGAAUUCUUUAAUUUUUGGUGCAUCUCGAAAGAGAGGAAUGCCAAGGUCUUCACUGACAAGAGAAGUACUGCAAGAAUAGUAGUCAAGAAAGCAAUCUACUGCCUUUUUACUUGGGCUCUUGCCAUAAAGGAUUUUGAGUCUCUUAACUGCUCUGAUGUUAUGAAAGACUGGAACAAACUUUACUUUGAUCCUCACUAA